CUGCGCUGCUGCUGACUUGACUUUUACUCUUCAGAAGUUCGGUACUUUUGGGGAAAACGGACGUCGGAGCUGCUGAAGAAACAGGAGGAACUGAUCGUCCUCCUGCAAAGAGCUGAGACUCCGUCCUCUCCUCCAUCACCUCCAUCAUCCUCUCCUCCAUCCUCUCCUCCAUCACCUCCUUCGUCAGCGUGCUCAGUCAUGGCGGGAGCUCUCAGGAUGAGUGAAGCUCCGUUCAACGUGUACGACAACGACCUGCAGAUGAAUUUGAUGCAAUACGACUACAUUCCUCCAGUGGACAUCAAGACUGAGCCCUACAUGCCUGAGACAGCUCAUGGUCCUUACAUCCAGAUCAUCGAGGAGCCCAAACAGAGAGGCUUUCGUUUCCGCUAUGAGUGCGAAGGUCCGUCCCACGGGGGCCUCCCAGGGGCCUCCAGCGAGAAGAACAGGAGAACAUACCCCACCGUGAAGAUCAAUAACUACGUGGGACAUGCCCGGGUGGAGGUCCAGCUGGUGUCCCACACGGACCCUCCUAGUGUCCACGCUCACAGUCUGGUGGGACGUCACUGCACUGAGAACGGGACGUGCACGCUGGACAUCGGGCCCAACGACCUCGCCGCCUCAUUCAGUAACCUGGGGAUCCUCCAUGUGACCAAGAAAGGUGUGGUGGAGGUUCUGACCCGGAGACUGAGGGAAGAGAGGAAGAGACAGAAAGGACCUCACUGUCACCUCACAGAUUCAGAGGAGAACGGCCUCCUGAAGGAGGCCAAGGAGCUGGGCAAGGUGAUGGACCUGAACAUUGUCAGGCUGAAGUUCACCGCCUACCUGCAGGACAGCAACGGAGGCUUCACCAGAGGCCUGAAGCCUGUGGUCUCCAACCCCAUCUACGACAGCAAGUCGCCCAACGCCUCCAACCUGAAGAUCUCCCGCAUGGACAAGACGUGCGGCACGGUGCUCGGAGGAGACGAGAUCUUCCUGCUGUGUGACAAGGUCCAGAAAGACGACAUCGAGAUCCGCUUCUACGAGGAGGACGAGGAGGGAGGCUGGGAGGCCUUCGGCGACUUCUCCCCUACAGACGUCCACAAGCAGUACGCAAUCGUGUUCAAAACGCCGCCCUAUCACAGCACGGAGAUCGAGAGGCCCGUCACCGUCUUCCUGCAGCUGAAGAGGAAAAAGGCCGGUGACAGCAGCGACCCCAAACAGUUCACCUACACCCCCCAGGUCCAAGACAAAGAGGAGGUGCUGAGGAAGAAGCAGAAGCCACUGCCUCACUAUGAACCCUGGAGAGGAGGAGGAAGGGGGGGAGGUGCUGGGGGGUUCGGAGGAGGAGCUGGAGGAGGAGGGUUCCAGUUCAACCAGCAGAUGAAUGGAGGAGGAGGAGGAGGAGUAUUCUUCACCGAAGGCUUCACAGGCUUCGGGGGAGGGGCUCAGAUGUCGGGGUCUAACCCUCAGACAGGGGUCACCCAGCAGCAGCUGAUCCGGCUCGCUGCUGUCCUCCACAGCCGAGCCUCUGACAGCGCCAGACAGACGGCUGCUGCCCUGCUGCAGUACUGCAGCACCGGGGACGCCCGCGUCCUCCUGGCCAUCCAGAGACACCUCUGUGGCGUCCAGGACGGAAACGGAGACACGCCUUUGCAUCUGGCCAUCAUCCAUCAGCAGACAGGUGUGACGCAGCAACUGAUCCACACUCUGCUCAGUAGCCAGCAGCAGAACAUCCUCAACACGGCCAACCACCUCCAGCAGACUCCUCUCCACUUAGCCGUGAUCACCCGGCAGGUGAAGGUGUUGGAGGUGCUGCUAAGGGCGGGGGCCGACCCCAGCCUGCUGGACAAAGAUGGUCGCAAUCCCCUGCAUCUUGCAUCGCUAGCAGGAGACACCACCACGCUGCGCCUCCUGCUGGCUCACCUGGGAGAACGCCACGCCCACCUGGUCAACACCCCCGACUAUCACGGUCUCCAUCCUCUCCACCUUUCUGUGAGGAGGGACGGCGAGCGCUGCCUCCGCCUCCUGGUUGAGGGCGGAGCCAAAAUAAACGCACCUGAGCAAAAGAGUGGAAACACCGCCCUCCACCUGGCCGUGAGGGAAAACCUGUUCAAGGUGGCAUGUACUCUCAUCACAGAGUUGAAGGCGGACGUUAACGCCACCACGUUUGGGGGGAACACGCCUCUGCACCUGGCGGCUGGUCUGGGCUCACCGACCCUCUGCUCCAUGCUCAUCGCUGCAGGCGCCGAUAAAAACAUGGAGAACGACGAGCCGCUCUUCUUCCCCUCUUCAGACGAGGAGGAAGACGAAGACGAACCAAUCAGAGAGCAGGAGGCCUGCUCUCAGCCAAUCAACCCCCUCAAGAGACCCGCACGAGGACACACCCCCUCGGACCUCACCAGGUGUCGCAAGGUGAGGAACCUGUUGAACUCUGGACUGAGUCCUAAGUCCAGUCUUCACAGCAGCAAGAAGAUGAAGUCCAGCAGCAGUGAAGGGGGGGCGGCGUCGGGGGUGGACGAGGACACGCUGUCCCGCCUGGUGGAGCUGCUGAGUGUGGGAGACGUCCCCUGGAGGAAACUGGCAGAGAAGCUGGGGAUGAUGACGUUGACUCACCUUUACCUGGACAGCCCGACACCCUGCCACCAGCUGCUGCAGCACUACCAGCUGGGUGGAGGUCCAGUCGAAGGUCUGGUUGAAGCUUUGCAGUCUCUCGGUCUGACAGAAGGAGUCAGACUGCUGAGAAGCAGCGAGCUACGAGAUGACAAACACAGCACAGACGCCACGGUCGACAGCGGCUUCGGCAGCCAGCCAAUAGACGAAGAGGAGGAGCCGCCUGUGGCCAAUCAGUGACGAGCUGGAAAUUAAAUCCCAUCUCGAGCAGCACUCUCAUCUCCUCAUCACCUCCCUGCCAGGACUGAGGCUCCAAAGGGGACCUGUUUGGGGGCCCAGGAAUCUCAGGGGACUGGGAUUGGGAACGGGACCAGGACUCCAAGGGGACUAGGACUAUAAGUGGACUAGGACUCCAAGGGGACCAGGACUCUAAGUGGACUAGGACUCCAAGGGACUAGGACUCUACGGGGACAAGGACUCCAAGGGGACUAGGACUCUACGGGGAGGACUGCUGCCUUCCAGAUGAACUCAGACAACCAAAAACCUUUGACUUAGAAAUAAGAAAUAAGAUUUUAAUUUGGAUGUUUUAGUGGAAAAAGACAACUUUCAAAGUUUCUUUGUCCCUUGUUAUUUUUCAUAUUAACUUAUAUUUUGUUUUUCCUGCUUCUGUUUUAAAUAAACAAAGUUUGUCCUUUGCUUCACCUCGA